AUCGGAUGGUGUAGUCAUGGACACAGCAGAGCUGCCGCGCUGAGGUGUGGACAUACACUGGAUUUAUUAACUAAACCUAUUUAUUUAUUUGUUUGUUUAUCCCUUUGAACCUUGAAUGCGAACACUGAGCACUAUGCACUCUCGAGCCAAGUCGCGCAGCUGUGAGAAUUACCUGUGUAUAAAGGACUCCGAGUCUUUGGAUAACUGCAUUCAGAGCAUCCUCUCCGCUCUUUACCCUCCGUUCAGCUCGACCGCGGCAACAGUGCUGUGGCAGCUCUUCGGUGUGGUGGAGAGACAGUACCGUGGUGACGGCCUGCGCUGUUUCCUCGACUUCCUGUUGCCUGCCAAGAGAAUCCUGUACAUAAUCAAACACGAGGCCUGUCUUCGAUUCAAAGGACUUUUGCUCUACCACGAAGGAUGGCCGCUUUGUUUACAUGAGAAAGUAGUUCUGCAGCUAGCACCCCUGCAUAAAGUACGCCUGAGGCAGGGAGAUUUCUAUCUGCAGGUGGUUCCUCUAGGCCACAAGACAGCCAAACUGGUCAUAAAAUGCCUUUUGGGGAGUGGGCAAGCCAUCGCAGAGAUCCCAGUCUCCGAGAGCAUGUACGGCAACGUCUUCACGCCUGACUUCCUGCAGAAUGUAACGCGCGGGCGCAACCUGCACCCUCUCCAGAACUGCCUCCUCAGCACUGGUGCUGUGGUCUACCGCACACCCUGGAAGAACGUGGUCAACCCUUUGUUUGUGACCAGCACUGCUGACGCCAUCAUGCAGGCGCGGAGCGGCGGAGGAGCCCUGCGAGGUCAACUGAGCACCUGUAGCACCCGCGGCUCUACGGGAACGCUGGACAGUCAUCGCAGCUCCCGAGAGUCCUUGCACUCACAGGGGGCAGAGUCCACCAUGUCGGAACCCGUCCUAAGUCAUAGCCUUACGGAUAUGAGCAUCAGCUCCCUCCACUCGGAAAACUCAACCUUGCACCAGAUGGAUGAACAAAGUCCCACAUCCAAAACCCACUCCCUACCCCAGACACCCACCUUGAGCAGCCCAGAUCAGGGUUGUGGUAGAAGCGGAGGUGGAAUUAGUCACAAAAUCCUUUCGUUUAGCACGGACCUCAGUAAUCCCGGCCUUCGUAAACGCCAUCCCAGAGAUUCUGCGGCUUUUGAGUCGCGCCGGCUUUUCCGCAAGUCGUAUAUGGAGGCGCUGCAGAACCCGAUGAAUCUUGGAUCCAGCUCGGAAUCAAUUCUGGAAGAGGGGACAGAGUCGGAGCCAAGAUUGUCACGAGGUUCGGAUAGCCACUCUGUUCUGAAAGAGCAGGUUCCUCAGAGGAUCUGUGCCCGUGGAUGGCUGGGAGGUGAAGAAUCUCACACCAGUUCUCCCAUCCCACAAACGCCGUGUGUUAAGAGCGCUGAGCUCCGUCCAGGGGAGAGACGCUCCAAAUCUCUUGAACAUUCUAACAAAGACUCGCAGGUUAAAGGUCACCGAACGCGGUCCUCUUCUGGUGGAUCCAGUAGUGGACUUCCGAAGAAACUUAUGAACAGCUAUGCAUUCCGUUUUGGCAAACUGGACUUGGAGGCGGCCUUUCCUGGCUUGGAGAAACGGAGCAACAAAGAGAACUCAGGUCUCUCUGAAGAGGGUGUACGGUCCAGCUCGAGGAGAUGCAGUAACAGUGGUGAUGAACUUCUGCCUCCCAAACCCUCCAAUAGACCAUCAGUCUGUCCUGCCCCGUCCACAGCACUCUCUACUGUCUGUACCCCGUCACUGCCCUCACUGAUGACACAGGUCAACCAGGAACUCCUGACCUCUAGUGCGAUCACGCUACCUGGUAACCAAGACCGCAGUGGGAGAGCAGUGCUGCAGGUGUGCACUAGAAAUCAGGUGUGGACGGACACAUGUUGCACUGUGAAUGAGAUCACUGGGCUGCUGUGCUACUACUGCAACAGACUGCGGAAGGAGGAACGUGAUCUGGGUUUGACAGUUGUCGUUGACAGUCGCAGGCAGCCUAUCGCUUUGAACCUUUUAUAUGCGCUGUCUCAGUUUCAGUCUUCUGAACCAAAUGCACUUUACUCUGUUUUGUUACUCGUGGACAAAGAUUCUGCAGUUAAACUAGAGAGAGACUUCACAGUUCCAUGUGAAGUCGUGACGUCUUUGAGAGCUCUGCAGAAACACAUUGAUUCAUCUCAACUCACCAGAGACUUAGAAGGCACCUUCCCAUAUGACCACAACCACUACAUUCACUUUAGACAGAAAAUCGAACCAUUUGCAACUAGCUGCAGCGCGGCAAUAUCUUCCCUUCAACACUCCAUUGACACACUGAACCGCAUCGGCAGUCUGGAGACCUCGGAGGAGGUGUCAGAGGUCAUAGGUCAGCAGAGGAACCUCAUGAAGAACAUUCUGGAAGACACGGAACUGAACUGCUUGCGGCUGGAGGGCGGCACGUUUCUGGCACGCAUAAGGAAAGACGAGAUGUGUGAGAAUAAGAAUUACAGGGAUGCAGUGGAUCUGGUCAGUGCGCUGUAUAACCAGGUGGAUGAAGAGGUCCAUAAACUGGUCAUUCUGUCUAAUAAAUCACUACAGCAGCUGGAGACUCUUCUGGAGCUGCGCUCAACCCAGGAGCAACAUGAGGAGGUUAAGAGGUGGUUUUGUGUGGAGAGUGAAAAACAUUUGGCUCCGCUGGACUCCUACGGUCUCACUUUGAGCUCCAUUCAGGACAUGAGACAGAAUCUGGUCCAGUUUAUGGAGGAGUCCACAGAGCAGCAGAAGAAAGCUGCAGUGUUAAUGCGAGACUCUAAAGCCACGUCCAGUUCGUCUCUUCUAGAGUUCAAACAGAACAUUAACUCUGUCCUUCAGCGCAGCGACAGACGCAAGAAUGAACUGGACAUCCUGCUGAACCUCUACGAGUUCUACGAAUCGGCAAACCAGUGGAUAGUCCAUUGCCAGGAUUAUUUCAGCCAGUUGAGGGUGGACGAUAAUGUGGUCAGUUGCACGCCUGCGGCGCUUCACAUUCUGCAGGACUUCCACAGUGAGGCCUCAAAGUUCUCUUUGGAAAACUUCAGCUCGCUCAACCAGAUGGUUUUAAACCUCAGCAGUCCACGAGAGCUGCAGCAGUGGACAACCGUUUGGCAAAAAUUCCAACAAACCAAACAGCAACUGGAGGAGAUACUGGCCAAAGCUACAGCUGCACCACUGACCCCCACAGAGUCCACUUCCAGCCCCCCAGAGAAGUUCGAUAAACCUGCAGUGACCCAAAACGGAGGAGACCCCCUUCCUGCACUGAACUCUCACAGCACGCUGUCUUUCGAAUAUGAUGACGCAAAGCCCGACUCGGCAGGCCCCUUCUCCAAAACCCAACUCCCUUUCCCGUUUCCCCCAGAGAGUGGAAAACUCUCGCCAUCCCUGUUUGACGACACCGACAGCGACUGCACCAUCGAUUCGUCCAUCUCGUGCCACUCGGAGCCACUGCAUUCCCCAGCUACACACCAUCGCAAGCAGCCACUCAAAAAGAUCAUGAAGAAGACGAUGAGCUACGAGCCGAUGGCACGAGACAAGGCUCACGUGGAUGCCGGUCAUCACGGGUACACGGGCGUCUACAUCAAAGGACUGGAGGUCACCAACAACAUGUGUGUGGAGAAGAAACUGCAGUGGGCAGACGUGAAGGGUCCAGCGCUGGGGCGCAGUCGCAGUAUGUCCUCUCCGUCCAGAGUCCACUGCAGACACAGUGACGGAGACAUAAAGAGACUCAGCAGUAAAAUCCAGCACAUUAUGGAUGAGAUGAUCUCCACAGAGCGAGAGUACACGCGCUCUCUCAGCUACAUCAUCGAGCAUUAUUUCCCUGAGAUGGAGCGCUUGGAUCUGCCACAGGACCUGAGAGGGAAACGCAGUAUUAUCUUUGGGAAUCUGGAGAAGCUGUGUGACUUUCACAGUCAGUUCUUCCUGAAAGAUCUGGAGAGCUGCGCACACUCGCCUCUGUCCAUCAGCAGCUGCUUCUUGAGACAUGAGGAACAGUUUGGAAUGUACGCGCUGUAUAGUAAAAACAAGCCACGCUCGGAUGCUUUGCUAACAAGCCACGGAAACAGUUUCUUCAAGAAUAAGCAGCUGGAGUUGGGUGAUAAGAUGGACCUGGCGUCGUACCUGCUGAAGCCCAUCCAGAGGAUGAGUAAAUACGCUCUCCUGCUCAAAGAUCUGAUCAAAGAGUGCAGUCACUCUCAUGAGCAGGAGCUCGCUGACCUCAGAACAGCUGAAGAGAUGGUCAAAUUCCAGCUACGCCACGGCAACGACCUCCUCGCCAUGGACGCCAUUCACGGAUGUGAUGUCAACCUAAAGGAACAGGGUCAACUUCGUUGUCAAGAUGAGUUCAUUGUUUGGUGCGGACGUAAAAAAUACCUCCGUCAUGUCUUCUUAUUUGAAGAUCUCAUCCUCUUCAGCAAGACCAAAAAAAUAGAAGGAGGUUAUGACAUCUACAUCUACAAACAGUCCUUCAAGACGGCAGAGAUUGGAAUGACGGAGAAUGUUGGUGACAGCGGCCUGCGCUUCGAGAUCUGGUUUCGACGGCGGAAGUCGCAGGAUACUUUCAUCCUGCAGGCGAGUUCUGGCGAGGUGAAGGCCGCGUGGACGGCCGUCAUCGGCAAAAUCCUGUGGAGACAAGCGUUACGCAACAGAGAGUUGCGCAUGCAGGAGAUGGUUUCCAUGGGGAUUGGAAACAAGCCGUUAAUGGACAUUAAAACCAGUGAUGCUGCCAUCAGUGAUCGAGCCGUCGACUACAUUAUGAAAGGGUCAGAAUCGAGGAUGCGGGCGUCUAUAGCGGUCUCUUCGUUCGAUCACUCCACGCCGUUUAAGAGACCGCACUCCACCAUCUCCAACAGCAGCUCUUCAUCGUCCAGCAGCCAAUCAUCUUCCUCUCUUCUGGGGUCACUGAACUUGCACCUGACUCACUCGCUGCCCAGCUGCCCGUCUCUGGGUCACUGGCCGUACGACUGCAUCGAAGAAGACGAGCUCGAGCACGAUUCGACCGUUAAGUCAUCCAUGAUCACAGACAACGUUGAAACGUUGUCGCCGUGCACGUCCAGUGAGAGUGGAAGCGGUCUGAGCUCCAUCACUGUCCAGCAUCAUUCUGCUAUAGUAAUGAAGAGCUUCACCAGCGAUGCACACUCGUAUCUCUCCUCUCCUACACCCUCACCGUCUCCACCCAAAGUCACUUCCUCCAUCCUCUAUCACACAGAGCAGGAGCUGCAACCUCAAACCAACAAGUUCAUCACAGCGCUAUGAACACACUGAGAUGAUGAGAUGCCAGAAAAGCAGCUGUUGGACUGUGAAUUUGGAUGCAGAAGAACAUGAAUCGUGUUUGGACGGGUCGUGUUCUUGAGCACUAAUACAGAGUCAUUUCACAGAUGGAUGUUUGUCCAGUAAAAUAAAAAGAAUGUCGCUAUUUCACAUGUAUGUUGUGAAUAUGAAUUCUGAUUGCUAAGCAGUACUAAAAUUCCUCAACAGUGCUGGUAUGUAAUGGACUGGGCAACGACAUCACGGAUAUCAAAGUUUUUUACAUUUUUAUGUUCCAGAAAUAUAUUUGCAACUUCACAACAAAGACAUUGGAUGAACUGCAAGAAAGAGUCAUGAAAUCACUACUCAACAAUUUGUUUUUCACAGUAUUGUUGAUUUGUACAAAUUGUCUUUAAAUAGUUAAAUAAUGUGAAUACUGGCACUACUAAUAAAAUCCAUUAAGGAUUAAGUUUUUAUUAAGGAUUGAGUUCAUCUUUUUACUUUGAAAAUAAAUAAAUACAACUAAAAAUGAAACUGCAUUGAAUUGUCAUUAUCAAGAUGGUUCCCCUUUAUAUAAGAUGUCAAUCUUAAUAAUUGUAAUUUAUAGGUAACAAAGAAAUGUGUACUUUUGAAAGCUUUAUUUUACAGUAAUUCAGUGCAAUGCAUCAAAGUAAAAAAUUACAGAAAUAUACUAUAUGUCUUAACAGUUAAUGUAAAUGCUCAGCACAAUACAACAAAUAUAGUUGUAGGCAACAGUUAUUGAGGUUCAAGCACCACAAUCCAUUUAGCACAUAAAAGUUUACUUAUUGUAUUUAUUGUAUUGUACUGCUAACUAUCCACGCUACCAUAGUUACAUACAUUUUCAUGUUUGUCACUGUUAUAGCGCCACUUUUCUUCCAAAUGGCAUCAAACUUGGCAAACUUCCUCAAGUUCAUGUUUUACAUGCGUACACCAACUUUUGUGAAAAUCGCCCAUUUUGUUCAAGAUUUAUUUAAUUUUAUGUAAAAAAUAUGCCACGCUCAGAACAGUUCAUUGGCCUGAGGUGGCCAUAUUGAAAAUAAACGUCAACAUGUUUUUGAUAAUUGUUGACAAUGAGACUCAA